AUCAUUAUUGCUGCCCUUCUCCGUCUGACCGGUGACCAGUUCCAGAUGAAGUCGUUUCUAGCCGUCGCUUUGUUGCUGACUGCUGUUUGCGCGUCUUCUGAAGAGUCUCAGAAUCCAUCGCCAGAGGUUGGAGCUGCAGCCAUUGCUCAAGUACUAGGAGGACGCUGCAACAACUUUCAAGUUCCCUACACGUCUUAUUCGUGUAGUGAGAAAACCGAGGCAACCCUUCGGUACAACUAUGAUACUAAAGAAGUUGAAGUUUGUGAUGGCAGUGAUUGGAAAACCGUAGGUACAGCAAGUGGCAGUAAAUUGGGUAGCAGCAAAGACAACCCUGCGUCUGGAUGCAAACACCUACUUGAUGAUGGAGUAAAAGUCAGCGGAGUUUAUUGGAUGUUGCCAUCCGGUGCGUCGCAGCCCUUUCAGGCAUAUUGUGAUCAAACAACAGAAGGAGGUGGCUGGAUGUUGCUGUAUGCAUACAAACAUGCGAAAGGUCAAGUUAAUCCACUUGUUGUGGGUCUCCCUACCGAUCCCAAUGGAUAUUCUCAUCAGCUUUUGAAUAAUCUCGGCAUAGGACACGGUUGGGCUCAUGAGCUGAGGUUCUAUUGCACCACUUCAGCACACAGUCGUGUUAUCCAUUUUAAGACUACCAAUAACAACGUUCUAAACAGUGCAUAUGACGGCAAACUUCACUACACGGUCAAUGAUUGGAAAAGUAAUAAUGUGCUGUUAUCUGGACAUUCUGCCAAUCUUCCUGCUGCAACCACAAAUAUCUUCGCCACUAACCAGGCUACUCCAGGAUUCACUGAUUUUCCGUUUUGGAAAGGUGGUGUUUAUCACUGGGGUAUUGCUCCUGGUUUCAACAGAUUUGAGUGUGAUGAUUUUCCUGGCAACGUCAACCAAGAUACUCUUCAUCGUGUGUUUGUGCGGGAAUGAAGCUAUUGACGAUGUGUGUGCAGCAUGAAACUAGAGGUUGGUGAUGUGCAAUACCACAGUCAUGCUGAAACUAUCAUUACUAUAUGGUAUUGUUUGUUUGAUAGUAUAGUAUUACAUUGAGUAUGUCUGCGUGGCUAAGCGUACUGUCUCUACGCUGUAUUUUAAUCAAUUUUGUCCACAACUA